UAUAUUUUUACGACCCAUGUGUUGGUUCUACUCCGAUAACAAUUUCUAUAUUAAAAUGAGCGUUGCGUGAAGUAAUGUUAGUGGGAACGUGGUAGAAUCGUUUACUUUACCAUCCGGUAUUUGACAGCGAGCUCCAGUUCCGACUGAUUUACUAACUUAAGCGACGACUUCACGAUCUUGUAUUUAUGUAACAUUGUGAACAAGUUUCUUUUUUGUGCCUGAGUCCCGCGCGCAUAAAAACACCUCGUCUCCCUGUGCAAAUAUUUCCUUGACGUUACACAAACGGUUAUAUGCUUUGUCGGUGUUAUAGCUAGCUGUUUUACAACAACUAUACCACAAGACAAAAUAAAGGAUACUGUGUGAUGGAGUCGUUUUAAAAUUAGGCCUAUUAUUAUUGUUGUUGCUGUUAUUAUUAACAUUUAAAACUUUGUUUUAAAACUUUGUCAUUUAACUAUGUAUGACAAUAUUAAUAGUGAGAAUCCAUGAUUUCAGGAUUUAAAGAUCAAUUUAUAGGAUUCCAUAUUCAAGGUUUGUGCUGGAAGGAAGUAAAAAGGACAAAGUUGUAAUCAGUUAGAUUUUCUGUAUAUUUGUUUACAUAUGGCAUUAAGUUUGUAAACUAAUAGAUGUUUUGUUCAGAGAAGGGUGGAGGCAGGAAUGAGUGGGAGAAGGAGAGGGAAGCCAAACCGAGGAGGGGGGCAUUUCAACAAACCCCGUGGAGGUGGGGGGGGAGGAGGCGGCAGCAAGAAGGGAGCCAGCAGUGGCUGGGAUGAUGGAGAUGACUUCAGCCUUGACUUCGGGCCCGGCCGAUCAAGCAAAAGCAGUCAUGGAGGUGUGCGGAGUGCCAAUACUGGGCGAGGAAGAGGAGGACUUGGAAAGCGAGGACGGGGAAGGGGCAGGGGCGCUGGGAUGGGGGUGCCAAAGUCCCUCCUGAGCGAGCGUCCCAGGAUGAGGCGGACCGACGAGAGCAGCCGGCCCAGGCCUGACCUACCGCAGAUGCCUCUGCAGAGGAUCCACAUGACCUCAGAGAACCAGGCGCUGGUGAAGGAGCUGCUGCGGGAGCUGCAGACUCAGGACUUCGAGGACCCAGACGAAGAGUCAGGUUCUGAACCCGAGGAGGAAGUGGUGGAAGAGUAUGAUGAACUAGACUACCGUGAGGACGGACAGUACUGGGAGACGCAUGAUGAGCCGAUGGAGAGAGCGGAAAGUCCAGCGGUUCCUUCAAUGGAAGCAGAAACUGAGGAGGGGAGUCGUCCCUCUGAGCCAACAGUCUCUCUUUUUGCUGUUGGGAAACUGUGCAGGUAUGGCUUCGAUAGAGAGCGCAGCAAGCGUGCGCUGGAGGCUGGGACCGGCGAGGUGGGGGCCACCCUGGAGCAGCUACUCCUGCAGGUCUUCGCAGAGCGAUAUGGGCCCGGUGCCUCCGUCCCUGAGGGCCUGCAGAGCAUCCCCAUGGAUGAGUGCCUUACCCAGCGGCAGGAGGAGGCGUUGGCACUGGCGGCCAUCUUUGGGGAGCGCUUCACAGAACGCAUCGUCAACAGCGUGUGGACCGUCUCUCUGGACCCGCAUCUCUUCUCCAAGCCUUUGGAGGGUGUCCAGGACGGCACCGCGCAGAAGGUAGCCUCAGUCAACUCGAAGGAUGUCUGCAGGUUCUACCUGAAGGGAGCACGGUGCAGGUUCGGCGAAAAGUGCAGAUUCAGGCACCAGGUUCCCUUGGACCUGGAACAUCCCGCGGACCUGGCGGGUCCGAGUCGUCCGGGCUUCAGCAGCUACUCUCCCCCCGAGUACGAAUUGGAGGUUCGCUUCUGCAAAGACAACCGCUACCCCUUUCAGGCGGCCCUGGUGGCCUUCAGUACCAAUGACGAGAAGAUCAGCUCGGCUGGCCGGCUCCAGGUCACAGAGUACCUCUAUGGCGAAGCUCUGGCUUCUGCCCGGUCUGGCGAGCCGGCGGUCUACACGCUUAUCACCUGCUUGGAGGACGAGGCCAGGAUCAUGGAGCUGCUGGCGGCCUCCCAUCACAAAUACAGCUCUCCCCCACCUGUGGUGAUGCCACCUAGCGCCCCCCCAAGGCCCAAGGCCACAAGAGGCACCACAAGCAAAAUGGAACCUAGCAGCACUAAUAGCAUAACCAGCAAGCAUCUGGAAGAGGCGGAGAACUUAGAUCAGAGGUUCAGAGACGGAGGUCUUGGACAGUUACCAGAGGAGCAAGAGGAGCAGGAGCAGGAGGACGAGGCGCAGGAGGUGCUCAUGGAGAAGGAGAGCUACGUCAAGCUGAGGAAGAAGCUGACGGAGAGAUAUGCAGCCAGAACGGAGGCCCUCCAGCAGGACAAUGCCAAGCUGUGCCGGCAGUUUCGGAGCAAACGGUCCUCCAGGCGCUAUCUCUCAAUGCUCCAGGAGAGGCAGAACCUCCCAGCUUGGCAGGAGAAGGAGCGGAUUCUGUGUCUGCUGAAGAAAUGUCAGGUGUUGGUCGUGAGCGGAAUGACUGGGUGCGGCAAGACUACCCAGAUCCCGCAGUUCAUCCUGGACGACAGCCUGAAGGGGCCCCCACACCGGGUGACCAACAUCAUCUGCACGCAGCCGCGCCGCAUCUCCGCCAUCUCCGUGGCCGAGCGCGUGGCACAGGAGCGCGCCGAGCGCCUCGGCAACUCCGUGGGCUACCAGAUCCGCCUGGAGACCGUCCGGUCCUCGCUGACCCGGCUGCUGUACUGCACCACGGGGGUGCUGCUCCGAAGGCUGGAGGGGGAGCCCGAACUGGGAGGGGUGACCCACGUCAUCGUGGAUGAGGUGCACGAGCGCACGGAGGAGAGUGACUUCCUGCUGCUGGUCCUGAAGGACGUGAUGGCCCAGCGGCCGGACCUGAAGGUCAUCCUGAUGAGCGCCACGCUCAACGCCAACCUCUUCUCCCAGUACUUCUGUGGCUCUGAGACGGUCCACAUCCCAGGUCGCACAUUCCCCGUCGACCAGUUCUUCCUGGAGGACGCCGUUGCCAUGACCAGGUAUGUAAUGGAAGACGGCAGCCCGUUCGCACGGUCUGGGAAGCCGGGACCCCAGUCUGGCAAGAAGACCAGUAGCGGGAACCCAGUGGACCAGCUUGGAGACGACAUGUGGUCCUUCAUGUCCUUCCAGAAGAAGGACUUUGUUAAGGACUCCGUCCCUGACCAGCAGCUGAACCUGCAGGAACUCACGGUCAGAUACAAAGACACCAAGAAGUCUGUGUUGAAGACCCUCGCCUCCAUGGAUCUCGACAAGAUCAACAUGGACCUGGUAGAGUGUCUGCUGGAGUGGAUAGUGGAUGGACACCAUAACUACCCACCAGGAGCGAUCCUGGUGUUUAUGCCAGGCCUGAGUGAGAUCAAGAUGUUGUACGAGCAGCUGCAGUCCAACAGGCUGUUCAACAACCGGAAGGAUAAGCGAUGCGUUGUGUACCCGCUGCACUCCUCACUGACGAAUGAGGAGCAGCAGGCUGUGUUCAGCCGCCCCCCCGAGGGCGUCACCAAGAUCAUCAUCUCCACCAACAUCGCCGAGACGUCUGUCACCAUCGACGACGUGGUCUACGUGGUCGACUCGGGCAAGAUGAAGGAGAAGAGGUAUGACGCCAGCAAGAGCAUGGAGAGCCUGGAGGACUCGUGGGUGUCCCGCGCCAAUGCGCUGCAGAGGAAGGGCAGGGCUGGCCGUGUUGCCUCGGGCAUCUGCUUCCACCUCUUCACCAGCCACUGCUUCAAGCACCAGCUGGCAGAGCAGCAGAUCCCGGAGAUCCAGCGGGUCCCACUAGAGCAGCUCUGCCUCAGGAUCAAAGUGCUGGACGUGUUCGCGGAGCGCCCCCUGGAGGACGUUUUCUCGCGUCUGAUCGAGCCGCCGCUGCCGGGAGGCCUGGACGCGGCGAAGCAGCGGCUGCAGGACCUGGGCGCCCUGACGCCCGAGGAGAAGCUGACGCCCUUGGGCUACCAUCUGGCCUGCCUGCCUGUGGACGUGCGCAUCGGCAAGCUCAUGCUCUUCGGCGCCAUCUUCCGCUGCCUAGACCCGGCGCUCACCAUCGCCGCCAGCCUGGCCUUCAAGUCCCCCUUUGUCUCUCCGUGGGACAAGCGGGAGGAGGCCAAUCAGAAGAAGCAGCACUUCGCCGUGGCCAACAGUGACCAUCUGGCCUUGCUGCAGGCAUACAAGGGUUGGUGUGCUGCUGCAAGGAAGGGCAACCAAGCUGGAUUCCAGUUCUGCAGGGAAAACUUCCUGUCUGGGAGAGUUCUGCAAGAGAUCGCCAGUCUGAAGAGGCAGUUUGCCGAGCUGCUGUCGGACAUCGGCUUCGUGAAGGAGGAGCUGAAGGCCAGAGACAUAGAGCGCUUGUCCUCCCGGGGAACGGACGGCAUCCUGGAGGGCACAGGCUUUGAGGCCAACCUGAACUCUGACAACAUCAAGCUGAUAUCUGCCAUCCUCUGUGCAGCUCUUUACCCCAACGUGGUCCAGGUGAGGGCGCCGCAGGGGAAGUACAAGCUGACGAGCAAGGGGGCCGUGAAGAUGCAGCCGAAGGCAGAGGAGCUGCGCUUUAUGACCAAGCGCGACGGCUGCGUGCACAUCCACCCCUCCUCCAUUAACUACACGGUCCGGCACUACGACAGUCCCUACCUGGUGUACCACGAGAAGGUGAAGACCAGCCGCGUGUUCAUCCGUGACUGCAGCAUGGCGUCUGUGUACGCGCUGGUGCUGUUCGGCGGAGGACAGGUCAGCAUCGAGCUGCUUCGGGGGGAGUUCGUCGUGUCCCUGGACGACGGCUGGAUCCGCUUCGCCGCCGCCUCGCACCAGGUGGCUGAGCUUGUGAAGGAGCUACGCUGGGAGCUGGACCAGCUGCUGGAGGACAAGAUCAGGAGCCCCAGCAUGGACCUGUGCAGCUGCCCCCGGGGCUCACGCAUCAUCAGCAUGAUUGUCAACCUGAUCUCCACCCAGUGAAUUGUUAUUUUAAGUUGUGUGUGAUGCUGCACACAUCCUGUAAUGCGUUUUGAGUCCACAUUGGAUUUUCUUAUUAAGAAAUGCCAGUGCAGUUGAUGUUUAUAAAAAAGUAAGCUAUGGGGCUCAGUGACUGUUUCAGGGUUUGUUAUGCACGUGCGUUUAAAACGCAGGAGAAGCUUAAAUGUUGUGUUCAUUCAGAAAUUAAAAUCGUAGGAUAGAGUUAAAUUUAGGCAACCGAAUAUCAGCUGUAAAGGACAUUCAAAAUGUGCCGUUAAAAUUUUUAUAAUUACAUGUGAGAUGGUGUCAAAACAGCCUUUCUUUGAAUGAUUAAGAAUGUACAGUGAAGUACCUGAUCGCAAAGUUGUGGAGGAAACGGACUGCGACGCACUAAUAGCUGAAUAAUUGGUUUAAACAAAAAUCUCAUUGAAGUGCCAAAUACAAUAAAAGCAUGUGAAUUGUACAGUUCUGCUGUAAACGAUAUUUAAACUGAAAUUACAGCAUUCUGGGCUGUGUUUUUUUUUUUUUUUGCCCUUGUGCGUGCUUAUGA